GGACCCGGGGGCGGGAGGCCGGCCCGGGACGGCGCUAAAUUGGCCGGAGGGGCCCGUCGGCGGCGAAGUUGCUAGCUGGGGGCAGAGACGGCCACGCGGUUGCAGGAAUUGGCCAACGGCUCCUUUCAACCCUGCCUCGUUGGUGGCCACUGGAGAAGCGCGGGGGGCUCCCCAGGCAGCCGUGGGGACAAGUUAGAGCCAGCACUUGACCCCGGGCCCCGCGUGUAGCUUCCCUCCCCCCUGCCCUAGGUGCCCCGCUGUCCGGAGGGGGGUGGCGCAGGUGCGGGGGUGUGCCCUCCGUACAUGUCCCAGCACCCGGGCAACCCUUGGGGCUUGUGUUCCAUCUCGCUCUCGCUUCCGGCACGGUGGUCAAGGGGAACCACUUGGCAUCAUGUCCCGGUAUAGCUACCAAAGUCUCCUGGACUGGCUCUAUGGGGGCGUGGACCCCAGCUUUGCUGGCAAUGGGGGCCCCGACUGUGCUGCCUUCCUCUCUUGGCAGCAGCGGCUGCUGGAAAGUGUGGUGGUCCUGACCCUGGCCCUGUUGGAGAUCCUGGUGGCCCUGCGGCACAUCCUGAGGCAGACGAAGGAGGACGGUAGGGGUGGCCGUGGCAGCCAGCCAGAUAAGGUGACCCAGCGGCCAGAGGAAGGCAAGGAGAGCCUGAGCAAGAAUCUGCUCUUAGUAGCCCUGUGCCUGACCUUCGGGGUGGAGGUGGGCUUUAAGUUCGCCACCAAGACCGUCAUCUACCUGCUCAACCCUUGUCACCUGGUCACCAUGAUGCAUGAAAAAAUAAAGUCUGUGGGAGACAAGUGCUCACAAGGACCAAGCAACAGGAAUGACGGCAAUGACUACACCUUUUAUUAGAUUUUUGAAGGGAAUCAGACUACGUGAAGCUGGAAGUCAUACAGAGAGACAAAUUACAUUUGGUCACAUUUGGGUGGGAAUGGAACUUUUCAGCUCCGGCUCUGGAGCCUACAUGGUUCUGUGAAAUCUCAUUUUCAGGCUCUGUUAGGGCAACCCCUGAUUCUGAUUAUAUUUCCUAACUGAGCACUCUGAGCUGGUCCUCCGCUAGAGCCUCCUUCCCUCCCAGAGCAUUUCAGAGAUGGGGGAGCAGGUGAGCCAGUUAGGAUCCCCUGUUUCUGGCUGUCCUUUCAUUUACAUGCAACUAUACUGCUCUUUUUCCCCCUUCUUCAUUUUUGAAAACAAGCUUGUGUUUAUUUGAAAUACAGAAGUAACACAUGAACAUAAAUAUAAAAACUUUAAAAAAAAUACAGGAAUGUAUUUUAAAAAGUGAAAGUUUCUGGGACUUCAUCUUCCCACCCUGGUUCUCCUCCUUUUUAAAGACCUUGGCUCCUGUCAAAGAAUCUCCCCUCCCUACCUCCUGAUUCUUCAAAUUUGCUUUUCUCCCAAGAGCUUAGUGCAAAAG